GUUUUCUAAUUCUGGUCAAAGUUUCUUUGGUAUUUUCAUCUUCCCUGACCAUGUUAUGGAUUUGCGUGUUGGUCCUUUCAACGACGUUCUUCAUUUCCAAAUUGACUUCAGGCGUACAAGGUGAAACUUGCUCACCUCCCCAACUCUCCGAUAUCACUUUAGACACGAUCUUUAUUGGCCGAGUGAGUUUCAGAGAGGAAGUGGUCUCAGAGCUACACUGCAUGGACCAAUGCAUACGUCAACCUUUGUGUGUUGCAUACAACAUGGAAACCGUGGGCUCACGCUUACAAUGCACGGUUUUAUCAGAUAUUGAGGAGACUAGAAUAAAGCCCGGUUCACUUUCCAGAACUUUUGAUCGGGAAAAGAUCGAGAAGUUCCUCUUUCAACUUGACAGCUGUGAGCCGUGAUUUGCCGUGACAGCAGCCAACUCAAGGAUCAGAGAUCGUGACACCUUUACAAGUGUCCUAACGUUAUUCAACUGUUUGGCCGAAGCGAAGAAACAGUGUUCAUUCAUUGACAAGGGAAUAUUUUCAGUCGUUCAAAGACGGGGAAUUUUUCUCUUUUGUUAAAUUUUCUACGAGUCAGCUUUUGAUGCAAAACUAAGUUUAUCGUGACAACUGACGUAAAAUUUUCCUAAAUUUUUACUUUCACUUUCUAGCGUCAGCGAGUCAGCGUUAUUUCGAGAAACGGAAACGACUGAAUCUGUUGAUAAACAGAAAAUUUAUUCAUCCAUGGUUCGUUUCAACUUUUGAUAUGGAACAGAGAAAGUCAAUUCGUCGAUUUUAUUUCAUGAAUACUGCCAAGUUUUAAAGCGAACUGUUAAAAUAAGCUUGCAGGGCAAAGUCGCAAAAUUUUAUUGACGUGAAAUGAUGUGCUAACUCAGUGAUGCUUGUCAAAUUAAAACAAUAUACAGCUAAUACAAUUUGAAGAGCCUUUUGCACUAGAUACGUACUUUGCAAUGAGCGAUACAUUUUUCUCCAAUCAACUUUGCGCUACUAAUUUUGAUUGCCACGCGACAAAUAGUUUAACAAACUAUCGCUGAACUUUGUAGUUGAAAGACUUAAAACCUAUUUAGUGUUGGUACUCUAGCGUUGCGUGUUCUUUAACACGUCUCCAAUAAUCCUCUCUCAGUAAAUCUUUUAUUUCUCAACACUUUGGCAAUAUGUAACGCGCUGAUUUGCAAUGUUCCAUCAAACUAGAUUGCAUGAAUUGUUGUUAAUCAUUCUUCCGGUAAAGAUUGGCUU